UAUUGGUGCACUUCAUCGCACCAUACUUUUAACUUGCAUUCAUACAAUGUCACCCUCUAAAGCCAGUCCACAGGAGCCGAUCCCUGAUCCCCAGGGGAAAGAGGAGAAGCCUGCCUCAAUCCUAUCCAGCCAUCCGGAGCUGGUUGGCGAACAUGGGACAGAGGAGAACGGUCUACAUCGUAGACUGGAAAACCGCCAGAUCCAGCUCAUUGCCAUCGGUGGCUCCAUCGGGACUGCCCUCUUCGUGAGUAUCAACGAGGGUCUCCACAAGGGCGGUCCUGCCAGUCUUCUCAUUGCAUAUGCAGUCUACAGCUUCAUGCUAUCUCUCGUGAACAAUGGAAUAGCCGAAAUGUCCACGUACAUGCCCAUCAGCGGUGCUUUUAUCCGGCUCGCUGGAAAAUGGGUUGACGAAGCGUUUGGUUUCAUGGCUGGAUGGAACUUCUACUUCUAUGAAGCCCUGCUUGUGCCGUUUGAGAUCACGGCACUGAACCUGGUGCUUGGGUUCUGGAGUGAUAAUAUCCCAGUAGGGGCGAUUUGUGCCGCUUGCAUUGUCCUAUAUGCUGUCCUCAACAUCCUAGCAGUCAAAGCCUACGGUGAAUCCGAAUUCUGGCUCUCCAGCGGUAAAGUGAUCCUCAUAGGCAUCCUCUUCUUCUUCACCUUCAUAACCAUGGCCGGCGGCAACCCCCAAGGCGACGCAUACGGCUUCCGCUACUUCAACGACCCAGGCGCUUUCGCCGAGCACAACUCCCAAGGCACCCUCGGCCAGUUCGAAGGCUUCCUCGGCGCCCUUUGGUCCGCCUCAUUCACCUGCGUGGGCCCCGAGUACGUCUCCGUGGUCGCCGCCGAGGCCAAGUUCCCACGCAAAUACAUCAAAACAGCGUUCAAAACCGUAUACUACCGCUUCGUGGUCUUCUUCAUCGGCGGCGCCCUCUCCUGCGGUAUUGUCGUAGCCUACAACGACCCAGCCCUCAUCGAAGCCCUAACCGGUGAAUCAUCCGGGUCGGGAGCCGCAUCGCCCUACGUGAUCGCCAUGCGCAAUCUCAAAAUCCAAGCCCUGCCGCACCUCAUCAAUGCCCUGCUAGUCACCACCAUCUUCUCCGCCGGGAACACGUACACGUACUGCGCAACUAGAACCCUCUACGGCCUGGCCAUUGACGGCCGCGCCCCUGCCAUCUUCACCAAAUGCACCAAACAGGGAAUCCCUAUCUACUGCUUCGCCAUGACCAUGCUCUUCGCUUGUCUGUCGUUCUUGCAGCUGUCGAAGAAUUCUGCCUCGGUGCUCUCUUGGCUGAUUAGUCUUACUACGGCGGCGGGGAUAAUUGACUAUAUCGUCAUGUGCGUUACGUAUAUCUGCUUCUACCGCGCUUGUGUCGCGCAGGGGUUCGAUAGGAACACUCUCCCCUACAAGGGCUGGUUCCAGCCAUACUGCGCGUACAUCGGGUUGGUGUGGAUGACGCUGAUUGUAACGUGUUAUGGCUACGAGAGCUUCAAGCCGUGGAAUACGACGGGGUUCUUUACGCAUUAUACCAUGCUUAUUGUGGGGGCGGUGCUGUUUACGGGGUGGAAGGUGCUGAAGCGGACGAAGUGGUUGAAGCCGACUGAGCUGGAUCUGUAUUGGGAGGCGCCGAGGAUUACGGCUUAUGAGGAGGUGCUUCUGCUGACGGAGAGUGAGAAUUCGUUUUGGGGGGAGGUGUUUGCGGUGUUUAGACAGCGGAAGGCAAAUGCAGGUGUACAGGGGUCUGUUUGAGGUGAAUUAGGGCAAGCUGGAGUGAAGGAGUUUGAAGGAGUGCGGGGUGGGUUGCAAUUGAAACGGAAAGUGACUGGGCUGUCCGGAGAUACUCCGAUGGGAAAAGCAAAAGGUACUCGGUGAUCUGCAGUAUGAGUUAUUUAGUUGUAGUUAGUUGAUUCUCAUUAACUGGUGUGUCCUGUCGAUAUAAAGUUAGCAAUAACAGCUGCGAUAUAUACCUCCGCAUACCCACAAUAACCAACCAAGUUCUACCGACUAUUUACCGGAACCAGCGGAAGGAAUGAGGGGAAGAGAGAAUUAAAGGAAUAAGAUAACAAGAAUAAAAUUCAAAGUCCAUGACGAGAAGGGAUCCUCCCGCAGGUUGAUUGCUGGGCAUGAUGACACUGCGGAGACGGAUUUCAACCAAACCCACUUCAUGAGGGC